UUCUCAAUGGAUGGUGACUAUGCUAUCGGGGGUGUUUUCUCCAUACACACCUACAUGCAUACAGUAAAAAAUGACUACACCACCGAGCCUGAGCCACUAAAGUGCACAGGGAGAAUUGAGUCCCGUGAGCUGCGCUUCUCACGUGCAAUGGUCUUCGCCAUUGAGGAGAUUAAUAACAGUACAGAGCUGCUGCCAGGCAUCAAACUUGGUUAUCAGAUCUAUGACUCCUGUGCCUCAGUGCCUCUGACAAUGCAUGUGGCAUUCCAGCUUUCAAAUGGACUGGAACCAGUGUUUUACACAGGCAAUAACUGCUCGCAAUCCGGUGUGGUGAUGGCUAUUGUUGGUGAGUCCGGGUCAACACCAUCAAUCAGCAUGGCACGCAUCAUUGGGUCCUUUAACAUUCCUCAGGUGAGUCACUUUGCCACUUGUGCAUGCCUGUCUGAUAAGCAGCAGUACCCGAGUUUCUUCAGAACAAUCCCCAGUGACCAGUUCCAGGCUGACGCGCUGGCCAAGCUGGUAAAACACUUUGGCUGGACUUGGAUAGGUGCUGUCCGUUCGGAUUCAGACUAUGGCAAUAAUGGCAUGGCCUCAUUCCUGGAUGCAGCACAGAAGGAGGGGAUCUGUGUGGAAUACUCUGUAUCUUUCUAUCGGACCCAUCCACAUAGCAGGAUCCAGAAAGUAGCUGACAUUAUCCACAGGUCAACUGCUAUGGUUGUUGUGGCAUUUGCAGCCUCAGGAGACAUGAGGAUCCUGCUCAAGGAGUUGUCACUCAAGCGUUCUCCGCCUCGCCAGUGGAUGGGCAGUGAGGCCUGGGUAACUAGCCCAGACAUGCUGAGCUUUAGCAUAUGUGCUGGAGCCAUUGGAUUUGGCAUUCAGCAAUCUGUCAUCCCAGGUUUGAGAGAAUUCUUGCUGGAUCUCUCUCCCACUAAAGUGGCUGCCUCUCCAGUGCUUACUGAAUUCUGGGAGGAUGCAUUCAACUGCAGGCUAGAAAAAGGUCCAACCAUGAACAAGAGUGUGUGUGAUGGAACUGAAGACAUACAAACUCUCCAAGACCCAUACAGUGACGUAUCUCAGCUACGAAUCACCAAUAUGGUAUAUAAGGCUGUUUAUGCAAUAGCACAUGCCAUUCAUAAUGCAGUGUGUCAGGACACAAAUUCUACAACUCACUGUGACAAAUACGCCAAGAUUGAGUCCAAACAGGUUCUUACUCAACUGAAGAAAUUACAAUUUUCCAAAAAUGGUUAUGAUGUGUCAUUUGAUGCCAAUGGGGAUCCUGUGGCUACAUAUGAGCUGGUUAACUGGAAAAAAAGUAAGAGUGGCAGCAAUCAGUUGGUGACAGUAGGACGCUAUGAUGCAUCACUGCCAGAGGGUCAGGAGUUCCUUAUCAACAGGAACCUCACCUGGGUUGAGGGUGGCACACAAGUACCUGUGUCAGUUUGCAGUGACAGCUGUCCUCCAGGAACACGUAAAGUGCUGCAAAAAGGAAAACCCAUCUGCUGUUAUGAUUGUUUACCAUGUCCUGAGGGAGAAAUUAGCAAUGCUACAGACUCCCCUGAUUGUUUCCCUUGCCCCAAGGAGUUCUGGCCUAAUGAAGAGAGAGACACUUGUUUCCCCAAGCCUGUAGAGUUUCUCUCCUUUGACGAGGUCCUUGGAAUCAUCCUGGCUGCAUUCUCAGUUGGUGGUGCCUGUCUUGCCAUCAUAACAGCAGCUGUGUUCUUUCAUCACAGGACAUCCCCAAUUGUCAGGGCCAAUAACUCUGAGCUGAGCUUCCUGCUGCUCUUCUCUCUGACUCUGUGUUUCUUAUGUUCAUUGACUUUCAUUGGAGCACCUUCUGAUUGGUCCUGCAUGCUGCGCCACACAGCAUUUGGGAUCACCUUCGUCCUCUGUAUCUCUUGUGUCCUUGGGAAAACUAUAGUAGUGUUGAUGGCCUUCAGAGCUACACUCCCAGGUAGUAAUGUUAUGAAAUGGUUCGGCCCUCUACAGCAAAGGAUGACUGUAGUGUCUUUCACAUUUAUUCAAAUUUUAAUAUGUAUUACGUGGUUGGGUCUCAGUCCCCCUUUUCCAAUUAAAAACCUAACUUUAUACAAGGAAAGAAUCAUCUUGGAGUGUGCAUUAGGAUCAGCUGCUGGGUUCUGGGUUGUACUUGGGUACAUAGGCCUACUGGCUGUCUUUUGCUUUGUGUUAGCUGUCCUAGCUCGGAAACUACCUGAUAAUUUCAAUGAAGCCAAGAUGAUCACCUUCAGCAUGCUGAUAUUCUGUGCAGUCUGGAUCACCUUUAUCCCAGCAUAUGUCAGCUCUCCUGGGAAAUUUACUGUGGCUGUGGAGAUAUUUGCUAUUCUGGCCUCCAGUUUUGGACUGAUACUGUGUAUAUUUGCUCCAAAGUGUUACAUAAUAUUGUUUAAACCAGAGAGGAACACCAAGAAGCAUUUGAUGAAUAAAAACAAAUCCUAA